AUGAAUUCAACAGUGAAUGAAAAACAUCCACAAACUUGCAAAAAGGAAGUAAAACAAGAGAGAAGGAUCUGUGACAAUGGAGAGAAGCCUUUUGUAUCCACUGACUGUGAAAAAGCAAUUUACAAGAAAAUUAAUCUUACAAAUGAUAUCACAAAUCCUACCAGAGAGAAAUUCAUAUGCAAUGACUGUGGGAAAGCAAUUUCCAUGAAACAUAAUCUUAUAGUUCAUAUGAGAAUCCAUACAGGAGAGAAGCCAUUCAUGUGCAAGAAAUGUGGGAAAACAUUUUCACAGAAACCAAGUCUUACACAUCAUAUGAGAUUGCAUGCUGGAGAGAAUCCAUUCAUAUGCAACGAAUGUGGAAAAGCAUUUUCCCAGAAACCAAGUCUUAAACUUCAUAUGAGAAUCCAUACAGGAGAGAAGCCAUUCAUGUGCAAGGAAUGUGGGAAAGCAUUUCCCAAGAAAGAUAUUCUUACAAUUCAUAUGAGAAGCCACACUGGAGAUAAUCCAUUCAUAUGCAACGAAUGUGGAAAAGGAUUUUCCCAGAAACCAAAUCUUAAAAUUCAUAUGAUCAGCCAUACUGGAGAGAAGCCAUUCAUGUGCAACGAAUGCGGGAAAGCAUUUUCCCAGGAAAGAUAUUCUUACUAUUCAUAUAGAAGCCACACUGGAGAUAAUCCAAUCAUAUGCAACGACGUGGAAAAGCAUUUUCCCAGAAACCAAGUCUUAAACUUCAUAUGA